UACUAACAGAAAUAUAACAGAAAUGACAACUAGUAACUAAUAGAAAUAACAACAGUAAUUAAAGCCAGCUAGACAUUGUAAAAUCUUAUUUAAACGGUGCGUAUACGCUGAAAGAGAGUGCCAAAACGUCGUCGUUGUCUCAGUAUUCUUUUGAUUUGAAUCUCUUUAUCUUUUCUCCCCUACUGUUCUCCCCGCUUGUAACACUCUCCUCCUUCACCAUUACCAUCCUCACCACCACCGUUGAGUUCCAACUCUUCUCCACCUCUUAGCCCACCAUUAGUCUCAAAUUCCACUCCGUCAAAUUCAUCACCACCAUUGAUAACAUCUCCACCACCAAACUCACCACCUCCAUCACCUCCUCCUCCUCCUACCCCUGCAAAGAACGAGUCUCCUCCUCCAUCUGUUCAAUCCCCUCCUCCUCCUCCUGCGAUACCUCCCCCUAGUACUGGUGAAUUUGUUUCUCCACCUCCCUCUGGAGGUUCAAAACAAUCUCCUCCUCCGCCAGUAGAAUCCAAACCCUCUUUGUCUCCCCCCAAUUCAAAUCUAUCACCCAAGCCAUCGGAAUCAAAUAGCACUCCGUCAAAUGGACCCAAUCCAACAGAAUCUAGAUUUCAUAGUCCUCCCGAAUCAGGAGUUUCGUCAUCGGGCCGCUCGUCAUCAAACGCUAAUGCAAAAAAUCACAAUGUGGUCAGCAAUCCACCAAGAAAUCGAAGUAAUGGAACUGGAAGCAAGACAGUCAUGACUGCGGCUGCUGCUGCAGCCGCAGGUGUGGUUUUUAUGGCGCUAAUUGUGGUAAUCUUUUUAUUUGUGAAAAGGAGUAGAAAAAGACGGAUUCAGCCUUCCAGCCAUUACAUUCCGCCCAAAAACUUUACUGUGCAAACAGAUAAAUAUUAUUACGGACAGCAACAACCCUCUGUGGGUUUCGCUGGACCAGGAAGUCUUUCUUAUCAUUCGCCAACUGCACAGUCUGAUAGCUACGGGAGUCAAAGAGGGAAUAUGUACCAUGGAGGGGGACCUGACUCAGGUGUCAUUGGCAGUUCCAAGACCUCUUUCAGCUACCAUGAGCUGAUGGAAAUAACAAAUGGAUUUGCUCGUCAAAAUAUUAUCGGUGAGGGUGGCUUUGGAUGUGUUUUCAAGGGGUGCAUGACAGAUGGGAAAGCAGUUGCUGUCAAACAGCUAAAGGCGGGUAGUGGACAGGGUGAACGGGAAUUCAAGGCUGAAGUUGAAAUUAUCAGUCGUGUCCAUCAUCGACAUUUGGUCUCUUUGGUGGGCUAUUGCAUCUCUGACAAUCAACGCUUGCUCAUAUACGAAUUUGUUCCAAAUAAGACUCUUGAGCAUCAUUUGCAUGCAAAAGAUAUGCCAGUGUUGGAUUGGCCUAAAAGACUCAAAAUUGCCAUAGGAUCUGCUAAGGGUUUGGCAUAUUUGAUGCAUGAAGAUUGCCAUCCAAAAAUUAUUCACAGAGACAUUAAGUCGUCGAACAUUCUGUUGGAUGAUGCUUUUGAAACACAGGUUGCAGACUUUGGGCUUGCCAGACUAAAUGACACAGCUCAGACCCACGUAUCAACUCGAGUAAUGGGGACAUUUGGGUACUUGGCACCUGAGUAUGCAUCAAGUGGAAAACUAACAGAUAGGUCUGAUGUAUUUUCAUUUGGAGUUGUGCUUCUAGAACUGAUAACCGGGCGCAAACCAGUCGAUGCAAGUCAGCCUUUGGGGGAUGAAAGCUUGGUUGAAUGGGCUCGUCCACUCCUGAUUCAUGCCCUUGAAACCGGCGAAUUUGGUGAGUUGGUUGAUACACGGCUCGAAAAGCAUUACGUGGAGAGUGAAUUAUUUAGAAUGGUUGAGACAGCUGCUGCUUGUGUUCGCCAUUCAGCUCCAAAGCGGCCACGCAUGGUGCAGGUGGUGAGAGCAUUAGAUAGUGAAGGUGAACUCCCAGAUCUCAGUAAUGGUGUGAGAUUUGGUCAGAGCGCUGUAUAUGAUUCAGUUCAGUACAGUCAAGACAUUAGGAAAUUCAGGGGAAUGGCUAUUGGCAGUAAUGGAAGCUCAGAAUUUGACACUUCCAGUGGAGAUUACUCUGGUAGACACAUAUCCCGUGAACCCCCAGCAUCAAGUUAGUUCACGAGUAGCGAGUCAGAAAGACAAGCCAUGAACCGACAUGGAAGCCAUGGUAGAUGCCAGUUUAGAUGAAGGUGACAUGGCCAACCUGUAGAUCUCCUUGAAAUUAUCAAUAUGUAGCACCAAAGAAGGUGAUAUCUGAAGGAAUUUGCACUUCACUUCACCAGGCAUAAUUAGCGUUAAUUUUUUUUCCCUUCUCCUGUGAAAUUUGACUGCAAUUUUAGCUCCCUCAAAGGUGCAGUGAAGUUUCAAGGAGGCUUGUAAAGUGUAUCUUACUCAAAGCUUUAUGUAUUUACUAGCCGCGGUGUCACUCAAACCAGCACCCUUGUCUGACUGAUAAUAGAGCAAGACAGAAAAAGUUUUGUUGCGUUGCACAUACAUUUGCAAGAAACUUUUGCUUAUGAUGCAAAUUUGAACAUAUUCUUAACUUUACCUCUGAAGGUUACCCUUUUGUCUUGUA